GCGCACCCAGCCACAGCUUCCCACAGCGCCUGUCCAGCGCCGACGCCCAGCAGCUGCCAGAAUGCCGAACUGGGGAGGAGGCAAGAAAUGUGGGGUGUGCCAGAAGACGGUUUACUUUGCCGAAGAGAUCCAGUGUGAGGGCAACAGCUUCCAUAAGUUGUGCUUCCUGUGCAUGGUCUGCAAGAAGAAUCUGGACAGCACCACUGUGGCUGUGCAUGGAGAAGAGAUCUACUGCAAGUCCUGCUACGGCAAGAAGUAUGGGCCAAAAGGCUAUGGCUAUGGGCAGGGCGCAGGCACACUGAGCACUGACAAGGGGGAGUCACUGGGCAUCAAGCAUGAGGACGUCCCUGGCCACAGGCCCACCACCAACCCCAAUGUGUCCAAGUUUGCCCAGAAGAUUGGUGGCUCUGAGCGCUAUCCUCGUUAUAGCCAAGCCGUCUAUGCUGCGGAGAAGGUGAUCGGGGCUGGGAAGUCUUGGCAUAAAUCCUGCUUCUGAUGUGCCAAGUGUGGCAAAGGCCUCGAGUCAAUCACUCUGGCAGACAAGGAUGGCGAGAUUUACUGCAAAGGAUGCUAUGCUAAAAACUUCGGGCCCAAGGGCUUUGGCUUUGGACAAGGAGCCGGGGCCUUGGUCCACUCUGAGUGAGGCCACCACCACUGACUGCUGCACCC